AUGGGGCAAAACUCAUCACAACAGUUGCCUCUGAAGGACAGCAAAGAGGUUUCCAGCAUCUGUGAGGUCGUCAGCGAGGCUAUAGUCCAUGCAGCUCAGAAAGUGAAGGAGUAUCUUGGAUUUGAAGAUCCUCUGAGCAAUCUGUGCCUGGCUUCCAACACUCUGAAUGAGAUCUUCUUAAUCCACUUUGUCUCUUUCUGCCAAGACAAGGGAGUGGACGAGUGGCUCACCACCACCAAGAUGACCAAGCACCAAGCUGUACUGUUUGGGGCAGACUGGAUUUGGACCUUCUGGGGAUCCGAGAAACAGGUCAGGCUUCAGCUGGCGGUGCAAACUCUGCAAAUGUCUUCUCUCCCUCCUAUGGAAUCUAAGCCCCGUGACUUCUCACCUCCGGAAUCCAGGGCAGAGGAGCCUUUCAGGAAGAGAAGUAGAUUUGAUAAGCUGGAAGAAUUCUGUAAGUUGAUAGGAGAGGAUUGUCUGGGCCUGUUUAUCAUCUUUGGGGUGCCGGGUAAGCCCAAAGACAUCAGAGGAGUGGCCCUGGACAGUGUCAAAGGUGAGACCGUACAGGGCCAGCUGCCAGGACGGAAGGCCGUGGCACAGUUUGUCCUGGAAACUGAAGAUUGUGUCUCCAUCAGAGAGCUGCUUGGAAACUGUCUGAGUAAGAAAGACGGGCUGAGAGAGGUGGGCAAGGUUUAUAUUAGCAUCCUCUGAACUGGAUGUGCCCAAUGAGACUGGCCUGU